GUGACCAAGAACCCGAUGGUCACUCUGACACCGCUCCAGAGUUCCUCUGUGGCGAUGGGAGAACCUUCCAGAAGGACAACCAUCUUUGAAGCACACCACCAAUCAGGCCUUUAUGGUAGAGUGGCCAGACUGAAGCCACUCUUCAAGUGGGCUGUCACGUGCCUUUCACUGGAGUUUGCAAAAAGGCUCCUAAGGGACUCUCAGACCAUGAGAAACAAGAUUCUCUGGUCUGAUCAAACCAAGAUUGAACUCUUUGGCCUGAAUGCCAAGUGUCAAGUCUGGAGGAAACUUGGCACCGUUACUUCAGUGAAGCAUGGUGGUGGCAGCAUCAUGCUGUGGAGAUGUUUUUCAGUGGCAGGGAGUCAGGAUCGAGGAAAGAUGAACAGCGCAAGGUACUGAGGUCGUUGAUGAAAACCUGCUACGGACCUCAGACUGGGACAAGGGUUCACCUUGCAACAGGACAACGACCUUAAGCACACAGCCAAGGCAACACAGGAGUGGCUUUAGGACAAGUCCCUGAAUGUCAUUGAGUGGCCCAACCAGAGCCUGGACUUGAACCCGAUCGAACAUGGAGAGACCUGAAAAUAUCUGUGUAGCGACGCUCCCUAUCCAACCUGACAGAGCUUGAGAGGAAUGGGAGAAACUCUCCAAAUACGGGUGUGUCAAGCGUGUUGCAUCAUACCCAAGAAGACUCGAGGCUGUAAUCGCUGCCAAAGGUGCUUCAACAACGUGCUGAGUAAAUGGUCUGAAUACUUAUGUGAAUGUUAUAUUUCUAUAUACACUGCUCAAAAAAUAAAGGGAACACUUAAACAACACAAUGUAACUCCAAGUCAAUCACACUUCUGUGAAAUCAAACUGUCCACUUAGGAAGCAACACUGAUUGACAAUAAAUUUCACAUGCUGUUGUGCAAAUGGAAUAGACAACAUGUGGAAAUUAUAGGCAAUUAGCAAGACACCCCCCAAUAAAGGAGUAGUUCUGCAGGUGGUGACCACAGACCACUUCUCAGUUCCCAUGCUUCCUGGCUGAUGUUUUGGUCACUUUUGAAUGCUGGCGGUGCUUUCGCUCUAGUGGUAGCAUGAGAUGGAGUCUACAACCCACACAAGUGGCUCAGGUAGUGCAGCUCAUCCAGGAUGGCACAUCAAUGCGAGCUGUGACAAGAAGGUUUGCUGUGUCUGUCAGUGUAGUGUCCAGAGCAUGGAGGCGCUACCAGGAGACAGGCCAGUACAUCAGGAGACGUGGAGGAGGCCGUAGGAGGGCAACAAUCCAGGAGCAGGACCGCUACCUCCGCCUUUGUGCAAGGAGGAGCAGGAGGAGCACUGCCAGAGCCCUGCAAAAUGACCUCCAGCAGUCCACAAAUGUGCAUGUCUGCUCAAACGGUCAGAAACAGACUCCAUGAGGGUGGUAUGAGGGUCCGACGUCCACAGGUGGGGGUUGUGCUUACAGCCCAACACCGUGAAGGAUGUUUGGCAUUUGCCAGAGAACACCAAGAUUGGCAAAUUCGCCACUGGCGCCCUGUGAUCUUCACAGAUGAAAGCAGGUUCACACUGAGCACAUGUGACAGAGUCUGGAGACGAUCCUCAGACCCCUUGUGAGACCAUAUGCUGGUGCGGUUGGCCCUGGAUUCCUCCUAAUGCAAGAUAAUGCUAGACCUCAUGUGGCUGGAGUGUGUCAGCAGUUCCUGCAAGAGGAAGGUAUUGAUACUAUGGACAGGCCCGCCCGUUCCCCAGACCUGAUUCCAAUUGAGCACAUCUGGGACAUCAUGUCUCGCUCCAUCCACCAACGCCACGUUGCACCACAGACUGUCCAGGAGUUGGCGGAUGCUUUAGUCCAGAUCCCUCAGGAAACCAUCCCCCACCUCAUCAGGAGCGUGCCCAGGCAUUGUAGGGAGGUCAUACAGGCACGUGGAGGCCACACACACUACUGAGCCUCAUUUUGACUUGUUUUAAGGACAUUACAUCAAAGUUGGAUCAGCCUGUAGCGUGGUUUUCCACUUUAAUUUUGAGUGUGACUCCAAAUCCAGACCUCCAUGGGUUGAUAAAUUUGAUUUCCAUUGAAAAUGUUUGUGAUUUUGUUGUCAGCACAUUCAACUAUGUAAAGAUAAAAGUAUUUAAUAAGAAUAUUUCCUUCAUUCAGAUCUAGGAUGGGUUAUUUUAGUGUUCCCUUUAUUUUUUUGAGUCGUGUAUAUACCAGUCAAGUUUGGACACCUACUUAUUCAAGGGUUUUUCUUUUAUGUUUUACUAUUUUCUCCAUUGUAGAAUAAUAGUGAAAACAUCAACUAUGAAAUAACACAUUGAAUCAUGUAGUAACCAAAAAAGUGUUAAACAAAUUCAAAUGUAGUUUUAUAUUUGAGAUUCUUCAAAGUAGCCACCCUUUGCCUUGACUGCUUUGCACACUCUUGGCAUUCUCUCAACCAGCUUCAUGAGGUGUCAUCUGGAAUGCAUUUCGAUUAACAGGUGUGCCUUGUUAAUUUGUGGAAUUUCUUUCUUUAAUGCGUUUUGAGCCAAUCAGUUGUGUUGUAACAAGGUCGGGGUGGUUUACAGAAGAGACCAAUUUGGUAAAAGACAAAGUCCAUAUUAGGUCAACAGUUCACAUAAGCAAAGAGAAACAACAUUACUUUAAGACAUGGUCAGUCAAUCCGGAAAAUUCCAAGAACUUUGAAAGUUUCUACAAGUGCAGUCGCAAAAACCAUCAAGCGAUAUGAUAAGUUACCAGCGUCAGAAAUUGGCCAUUAACUGCACCUUAGAUUAUAUUUCAAAUAAAUUCCUCAGAGUACAAGUAACAGACAUCAACAUCAACUGUUCAGAGGAGACUGUGUGAAUCAGGCCAUCAUGGUCGAAUUGGUGUAAAGAAACCACUACUGAAGGACACCAAUAAUAAGAAGAGACUUGCUUGGGCCAAGAAACAUGCGCAAUGGACAUUAGACUGGUGGAAAUGUGUCCUUUUGGUCUGAGUCCAAAUUUGAGAUGUAUUUUUUCUUCCAAAAGCUGUUUCUUUGUGAUGCAGAGUAGGUGAAUGGAUGAUCUCCGCAUGUGUGGUUGCCACCGUGAAGCAUGGAGGAGGUGGUGUGGGGGUACUUUGCUGGUGACACUGUCAUUGAUUUAUUUCGAAUUCAAGGCACAACCAGCAUUGCUACCACAGCAUUCUGCAGCAAAAUGUCAUCCCAUCUGGUUUUCCCUUAGGCCCACUAUCGUUUGUUUUUCAACAAUGAUAGUGGGAAUGCUUUUCUGACAGUCUUGAUGGAGUUCCCACAUGCUGAACACUUGGCUGUUUUUCCUUCACUCUGUGGUCCAACUCCAUCUCAAACCAUCUCAAUUGCGUUGAGAUCUGGAGAUUGUGGAGGCCAGAUCAUCUGAUGCAGUACUCAUUACUCUCCUUCUUGGUCAAAUAGAAUGUACAAUGUAGAAAGUAGUUUUAAAAAAUAAACACUUGAAUGAGUAGGUGAGUCAACUUUUGGCUGGUACUGUACAUAUGUGGGGAAACUAAACGCAAGCAUGCAGGUUAAAUACAAAAACAUUCUACAGGUGAGUGACUGAAUUAGUGGAUUCAGAAUAAGUAAUUAUUUCUGUUUGACUGUGAUCCUGGCCCAGUUGACAUGCCAGUAAGUCAAAUCAAACAGCUGAUUGAGCUGUCAUGUGACCGAAUGCAUUCAUGGGUCACUACAGAGGAGUUUUGGUUCCUGCCACAAAGGGAAUACCCCGCCGUCUCCCUCUGAUGAUUAAUGCCACGUUCAACUGGGAAAAUCGAGCUCCGACUGGGGGGGAAACAAGUUUUGAACUGUCAACCAACUCGGAAUUCCAACCCGGGAACUCGGGGGGGCCUCUUUCUAGAGCUCUGACUUUCCAACCCGAAGAUCAGAAGUCAUGAUUUGGCCUCAUAGUUUUCAGAAUUCCCAGUUGUCUUGAAAGCACUCGGUGCUCUCGUCUGCAUUUAAAAACAAAUAUAUAAACAAAAACAAAUAUCAAUCCAGGUUGAAUGUGACGGCAGCAAUGAGCUGCGCACUGUCAGCCAGGCCCCCUAACUUUGAGAAUCUCCGACGCGACAUGCAUCAAGCACAGCCGUCUCAUUAGUGGUGGUGAGUUAUGAUGCAUUAUGUCAGACUAAACUGUCAUAAGAGACAUACUGUUAGGAUGUUUAUCAAAUUGACUGUCAUGGCCCCAAAUAAAGUAAAUAUUGGAUCUUAAAUAAUGGUUGGGGACGUGAGAAUGUUCGGAUAUCAAAAUUGGGUUGUGGGCUAGGGCUAUCACAGUAUUUAAAAUAAAUUAAACCAUUUAACGGUAUUUUAUGUUUAGGAAUAAUACAAGUUUUAACUACGCAGUUUUAACUAAGUAGUGCGUGACUCUAGGGUGGCAAGACAUACAUUCUAGGUGAUUUCAAUGGGUCUUUCUCCAUUCUGAGCAUUUAUCAACUUUGAGCAUUUAUCAAUUUUUAUUUAUUUAUUGUUGAAUUUUACCCCUUUUUCUCCCCAAUUUCGUGGUAUCCAAUUGUUUUUAGUAGCUACUAUCUUGUCUCAUCGCUACAACUCCCGUACGGGCUCGGGAGAGAUGAAGGUUGAAAGUCAUGCGUCCUCCGAUACACAAACCAACCAAGCCGCACUGCGUCUUAACACAGCGCGCAUCCAAUCCAGAAGCCAGUCGCACCAAUGUGUCUGAGGAAACACCGUGCACCUGGCAACCUUGGUUAGCGCGCACUGCGCCCGGCCCGCCACAGGAGUCGCUGGUGCGCGAUGAGACAAGGAUAUCCCUACCGGCCAAGCCCUCCCUAACCCGGGCGACGUUAGGCCAAUUGUGCGUCGCCCCACGGACCUCCCGGUCGCGGCCGGUUACGACAGAGCCUGGGCGCGAAACCAGAGUCUCUGAUGGCACAGCUGGCACUGCAGUACAGCGCCCUUAACCACUGUGCCACCCGGGAGGCCAAAUACUUAAUUUUUUUGAAGUAAUUUCCACACUGCAAUAAUGUAGGCCUUAUUUUUAACCAUAAUGUUGUGAUUGUGUUCACUUGGGUGGACUGUUGGAAUUAUGGAAAUAGAAUAAUUAUUCUAAUUCUGUAGUAUAAUAGUGGGCACUUUGAAUACAGUGCCAGGGAGGAGUUAUUGUGACAGGGUAGGAACCAAAGUGUUGACAAGUGUUUCCUAGAGGUCCUAUAAUGACAUCCUAUUCAUUAAGUACCAACUCAUUUGUUCAACUGGUCGGAUUACCAGAAUAUAGUUCAUUUCCCCCCACCUUCUGAUGUUCCCAGAAUCUCUAUUUAACCAAGGGAUUUUCAAAUGUCACAUCAGUAGGGUAGAGAGAGGAAAAAGGGGGGGAGAUAUUUAUGACUGUCAUAAACCUACCCCCAGGCCAACGUCAUGACAUUGUGCAUUAGCAGUUUCUUUCUUUCUCUCAAUUAGCCCAUGUCAGCAACAUUUUAUUAUUUAUUGCUAAGUUAGUUUAGUGGCCAGCUAUAUAAGCUUGUUAUCAUGGCCGAAUACAGGCCGGGGGGCUACCAUUUGUUAGUCGGUCUCACUCAGAUAUCCGACUUGUGAGCAACUGCAGCCCCUCAUAUUGAGCUCAAAUUUUUUUGUGCCCCCACCCCCAUCAAAGUUGCCCAUCUUUAUGGUUUAAUGCAAAACUAAACUAAGCUCCAAUCAGAAGGUUGCUUAGGAUCCUUUAUUCUGGUAAAACACUAACAGUGCAUUUGAUAACAGCCUAACAAAUUGCAUUGGUUGUCACUCAACUAAUAAAGCCUAAUAUCGCGCAAGCUAUUUUACAAACAUUUUGAAUGCUCAAGGGGACGGACAGCCUACCUCUUGUUGGUCAGCGGAGCGUACACAGUUUAACUAGGCAACUGAUAUUGCUUGGGAUUGUUUGGAAUGCAAAAUUACUUAUUGAUCAAUGACUGUCAGCACAGUUACAUGCUCAGUUUGACGCUGAAGGAGAGAAUGCAUCAGUUGUCACAAAAGACUAGUUAUUUUUAGAUGGUUAAAAGUGCCUAAUAUGAGAAUUAUUUUGUGAACUGGUGAUUUUUUUCUGACCGACGCAUGCUACAUUUUAGAUCUGUUCGGGGACUGCAGACUGUUGCACUCAUAUCUUAAACAUUUGAACCAGGGACUGACGUGUAUUGGUGAAUUGUUGCGUCCCUACUAACUAGUUUACAUUGCCAAAUGGUGGCCUAGGCAGAAGUAUGACCAUUCACCCCUAAAAGGCCAGUUGGUGGUAGCCAUAGUGAAGAGACCUAGUACACUUCUUUCAAUUACUAAUAAUAGCCCACCCCAUAUAUCAUGCAAGUUAAACCAGCCUAAAAGACAUUGAAGGGAGAUGUACUCUGGAAUGUCAAAUUUCAUCAUUAGCAAAGAACUGUCUGUUUCACUCAGUGAGACCUGACACCCCCUCCCCCUCCCCAUGGCAUCAUCUGAGGUCAAUGUUAAUGUGGAGGAGGUGGUAGUCGUGACAACGCCGGAUGGAGCAGGGGAGGGCUCGGCUGCAGAGGUGGUGAAGACUGUGCUGGUGGCUACAGAGCUGACCCAGGCAGGGGAGGAACUUACAGAUGGAAGCGUGGAGUCAGAAACUGACGCCACCAUCACUGUGACAAAGGAGGCAGUCCUAGUGAAGCUGUCAGAGGAGAUGGAUGUGGAAGCUGAUUUGGUCUACCCAAUCACUUGUGGGGAUGUGAAGGGCACCCUGGUCUGGAAGAAGUUUGUUUGCCCUGGCAUCAACAUCAAAUGUGUCCAAUUCAAUGAGCAUCUCAUCAGUCCCAAGGAAUUUGUCUAUCUGGCUGGGAAAUCUACAUUGAAGGACUGGAAGAGAGCCAUUCGCGUGAACGGCACUAUGAUCAGGAAAAUCAUGGACUCGGGCGAGUUGGAUUUCUACCAGCACUCCAAGGUGUGCUCCAACACCUGCCGCAGUACUAGGAUUGACCUGGUGGGGACCAGAGUGUCACUCAGCAGUCAGCAGGCCACCGAAUAUGUUCCUGUCACUCCUUCCUUAUCUGACGUGAACGGAUCACCGGCCAUGUUUCCAACAGAGGUAUCGUCAGACGACACCACGGAAUGGGUCACGGCCAUAGGAGAGGAUUCUCUGACCUUCUGGAGGGGUCUGAAGGAGGCAGGGUUUCUGGAGGAAGUGGUGGAGGACUUCCAGAAGGAGAUUCAGGAGGUGCUAAAGGGAAUGCAGGAGCGCAUCACCGAGCCUCCCCUGCAGGUCAAUGAUGCUGUGCUGCUGAACAAUAUAGUGCAGAACUUCGGCAUGCUCGACUUGGUUAAGAAGGUGCUAGCCAGUCACAAGAGCCAGAUGGACCGACAUAGGGAGCAGUAUUCACGCAGUCUUGUCGCUCUGGAGCAGCAGUGUGACGAGCACAGGAAACGUGCCAAGGAGUUAAAGAGCAAAUCCCAACACCUCAACAACGUCCUCAUGACCCUAACUCCCGUGGCCGUGCCGUCCACGCCCAAACGCCCACGCCUCACCCGCGCUGUCUCGGGCCCUGCCGUUAUGUCCAGUGCCCCCACCCAGAUCACCCUGCCCCUCACCCAGCUGGCAGGCCUGCCUGCUGGGUGCAAAGUUCUCUCGGUGGGGGGAGCCGGUGCCGGCCAGCAGACCUACACGGUGCUGACCUCCCCCACGGGCGAGCUGGGGCCAGAUGCCUCCAAUCUGACUGUACUCUCCACGGCUGCCGCUGUUCAGGAGGGUGCACCCGCACCAUCAGCCUUCGUCAAGAUGGUCAGCUCAGGCUAUCAGCUGAUCACGCUGCCUGCCGCGUUGAGCACCCAGCUACAGGGCCUGGCUGGGGGCACGGCCCAGGGCACCACUACCAUGAUGGCAGUACCUAUGGGUAACAACGCACUGCAGAGCACGGCGGCAGUGGUCACAGCAUUGGGGAGACAGGUGGAAGUUCAUGUGCAGGAGGGUGUGGCACCAGAGACUGAGGAGCAGGAGGCGAAGGAGACGGUGGAGAGUUAGAGAGAUGUACUCCUCCUAUAGUGUUAAAAACAUGUCGGGGACUCCUCACUGGUUUGGAGUGGAAGUACAGGAACCAGUGCCUAGGUCUAGUGGUGUUGAACUAUGAAGGACCCAUAUCAGUAAAGAUGACUUAAAAUGUAUAACUACAUGCACUGCUCAUUUUACUCAAAGCACCAGCAUGUGUGUAGAGGUGAAAAUGUCGAAUUGAGUUUGGGAUUCAUAAGUGUAUAUUUUUAUAACCAUGCAAGUAGAUGCCGACUCUGCUCAAAAGCCAUGAUCUUAGUUAUUCUCAGGUGUCCAUUUUCACUGGGGUGUAGGUGCCAUGUUCACAUUAUCUCUUUACAUUGUGCUAAAAAUGUAAAUUCUACAAUGCUCAUCUUUCAACAUCAGAAUGUUUUUCCUUUUCAACAUUUAAUAACUGUAUAUAACUUUUUGUUUAAUAUUACAAUGAAUUUUAUGAUAUAGUUAAUAUUUUUGAACAAAUGAAAAGUGAACAAACUGGUGGUUUUGUUGAACUUGUCAGUGUACUCUGUAAAUUAAUUGUAUAAAUUCUUAAAUCUAGCCAUUACUGGAAAACUUGAA